UCCCGGACUUCUGGCUGUGCUGCUGUAUAAAAGACUCCUGUACUGUUCAGCACUGAGAACUCAGCUCUACAGGACUGCAGGGAACAUACAGCAAUUUGGUAUCAGGAGUCAUAUACUGUGGUGCUCGGACACGUAAUUCCAGUGCACAAGGCACAGUAAAGAUGAGGUGCGAAGGCUUUGUCGCAUGUCUGCUGUUCGUGGAAGUGGCUUGUGUGUGGGGACAAGGUUUCCAGAAACGUGAUGAAGUCUUAAGUCAUUCUACUAGGAGAAUUCGCACAGGGAAGAAAGUCACCAGCUCACCAGCAAAGAACAAGGCAGAAGAGUUUUUUGAAUGGAGCACUUGGUUCAAUAUUGAUCACCCUGGUGGCAACGGAGACUAUGAGCGUUUGGAUGCCAUUCGGUUUUACUAUCCCAACAAAGUCUGUCAGACGCCUCUGCGCAUGGAGGCACGGACCACAGAAUGGAUUCCUGCAGGCAGGACAGGAGAGGUGGUGCACUACAGCCUAUCAAAGGGAUUCUGGUGCAUUAAUAAAGAACAAGUUGAGGGCAGAAACUGCUCAAAUUACUCAGUUCGCUUCCUGUGCCCCGUAGUUAUACAAUCAAAUAUUCCAGACCAGCCUUGGUCUGAAUGGUCAGCAUGGAGCAAGUGUUCAGCCAGUUGCGGUGGUACUGGUAUGCAGACUCGCACAAGGAAGUGUCUAGCAGAGGAACAGUGGCAAGAACAUUGUAAUGGUCCCACAGAGGAAGGAAGGAGAUGUGUUGGCAACACCUGUGCAGUCUGUGACAUAAGCUGUCCAACUGGUAAAGUAAGUGCGGACUGCAGUAUCUGCGUGUGCAAAAAACACAUCUUACAUGGCACUGCCACAUUGCCUGAUGGAGCACCUGCAACUGGAGCCACAGUGUACACCAUAACCAAGAAACCCAAGCAGGUGGCACUAUCAGAUUCCCAUGGGAAUUUCCAGAUUCCAGGAUUGUGUCCAGAGACCACCAUACAGCUGAAUCUGGAGAAGUAUUCUACAAUCACUGUAAAAAUUCCAGACACUAAUAACACAGCAUCCUCCAUCAAAGUAUCAUUCAAGAGGAAAGAGAAACCUUACAUAGUGGAGAACCCUGCAAAUAAAGUGAGAAGAGUUGGACACAGUGUGGCACUCUGCUGUAAUGCUGUAGGGGAACCAGCGACAGAGCAGUACCUCUGGUACCAUAAUGGAACCCUAAUAGACCAGAAAGCACUUAAGUAUGGCAACCAGCUGAUCCUGCGUGCACUGCAGAUGAACCACGCUGGAGAAUAUUAUUGCAAGGCCAAAAACAUGGCAGGAGCUACAAAAUCCCAGCCCGCACAGCUCAAACUCAUUGGUAACCAAGAUCCACCGUGCAACCCAAAACCAGAGAGACAUCUUAUCCGCCUUCCUCAUGACUGCUUUCAAAACAACACAAAUUCUUUUUACUACAAUGUUGGAAAGUGUCCCUCAAGUGCCUGCACAGGGGAUCUCGAUAAUGAACUGCGAUGUAAGGAUACAGUACCCUUUUGCUGUGGAAUUAUCAAGACAGAAACAAAAGAGAUAACUUGUCAAGGUUAUACCCUUCCUAUCAAAGUUGCUCAGGAGUGUGGUUGCCAGAAAUGCACAGACACCAAAAUAAUUGUUCGUGGGAGAGCAGUGGCAGCUGAUAAUGUUGAACCAAUGCGGUUUGGAUAUAUUUAUAUGGGAAAUACCAGAGUUGGCAUGACAGGCUAUAAAGGAACUUUUUCCAUUAAUGUUCCUUCAGAAACAGAGAGGUUGGUGCUUAAUUUCGUUGACCGGUUGCAAAAAUUUGUAAACACCACCAAAGUGCUCCCAUUCAAUAAAAAAGGUGCUGUAUAUCAUGAAAUCCAUCUUCUUAGGAAAAAAGAACCAGUGAUAUUGGACCCUAUGAAUACAAACCAGAUAUCUCUAGGAGACAUGGAGGACAGUGAUCCCAUAGCUGAGCUUGAGAUCCCUCCAAACUCUUUCUAUAAGCAAAAUGGAGAGAUCUACAAUGGGAAAGUGAAGGCUAGUGUCACAUUUUUAGACACCCGAAAUAUAUCAACAGCUACUGCUGCCCAGAGUGAUUUGAACUUUAUCAGUGAGGAGGGAGACUCCAUGCCAUUGCGCUCCUAUGGAAUGUUUUCAGUGGAUUUUACAGAUGAAUCAAACAAGGAAUCACUAAAUGCAGGAGCUGUUAAAGUCUACCUUGAUUCCUCACAAGUUAAAAUGUCAGAGCACCUUGACAACAUGAAACUCUGGUCUCUGAACCCAGAAACAGGACUGUGGGAAGAAGAGGGAGACUUUUUGCAGGCAGGAGUUCGGCGUGGAAAGAGGGAAGAGCGGACUUUCCUUGUUGGCAAUAUGGAAAUCAGGGAGCGAAGACUGUUUAACUUGGACGUUCCAGAAAGCCGAAGAUGUUACGUCAAGGUUCGUGCAUAUAGAAGUGAAAGAUUUUUGCCAAGUGAACAAAUUGAAGGUGUGGUGGUGAAUCUUAUUAAUAUGGAACCUGUGUCUGGUUAUGCUUCUAAUCCAAGAGCUUGGGGGCGGUUUGAUAGCGCAAUAACUGGCCCUAAUGGAGCAUGUUUACCAGCUUUUUGUGAUGACAAAAACCCAGAGGCUUACUCUGCUUUUGUUACUGCUACUCUAGGCGGAGAGGAAUUAGAAGCAGUGGAAUCUUCUCCCAAAUUCAAUCCAAAUGUCAUUGGGGUGCCACAGCCCUAUCUCAAUAAACUGAAUUAUAGGAGAACUGAUCAUGAUGACCCUAAAAUCAAGAAGUCAGCUUUCAGUAUCAGUGUAGCAAAGCCAAGCCCCAACGUUGCAGAAGAGAGUAAUGGCCCUGUUUAUGCCUAUGAAAAACUGCGAGAAUGUGAGGAAGCUCCAUAUAAUGCUGGACAUUUCAGGUUUUAUAGAGUAGAAGGUGACAGGUAUGAUUUUAACACAGUUUCUUUCAAUGAGGAUGAUCCAAUGAGCUGGACUGCUGACUAUUUAGCUUGGUGGCCCAAACCCAUGGAAUACCGGGCUUGUUAUUUGAAAGUUAAAAUUGCUGGUCCUAAAGAGUACAUAAUCAGGUCCAAAAAUAUGGGUGGCACCCAUCCACAAACAGUUGGCCAGUUUUAUGGCAUUAGAGAUGUACGGAGCACUAGAGAUAUGGAGGCAUCCAAUCUAUCUGCAGCGUGCGUAGAGUUCAAAUGCAGUGGAAUGCUUUAUGACCAGGACCGUGUUGACCGUACUCUAGUGAAAAUUGUCCCACAGGGGAGCUGCAGAAGAGACAGUAUCAACAACAUGCUCCACGAGUACCUUGUUAAUCACCUACCCAUGGCAGUCAAUAAUGAUACAAAUGAAUACACAAUGUUGGCUCCUCUUGAUCCUCUUGGUCACAAUUAUGGUAUCUACACUGUCACUGACCAGGACCCAAGAACAGCGAAAGAAAUAGCUCUUGGUAGAUGCUUCGAUGGAACCUCUGAUGGUACUUCUAGAGUUAUGAAAACGAAUGUAGGCGUAGCUCUUUCUUUUCAAUGCAUGGAGAAGGAUUUAAAGGACCAAAGUGUGUUCCGUGGAAAUGGCCAGGCUGCUUCAAGUGUUGCCAGGGAAGGUGGCAGAAGGCAGCAAAGAGCCAGUAGCAGAUCCAGGCAGAUGAGAAGAAUCGGUAAUCGUUCAACAAUACAAAGGCAGCGUGUGUCAGCUUAGUAGAAUGGCAAAGAAUAUAUUAAUUAUGGGUGUAAUGAAGUUUUACUAUAACUUGAAGAGGCAUGAGAGAUCAGGAGCCACUCAGAAAUCUGUGGUUCUUUUAGGUUGUAGAGCCUCAUUAUUCAAUAUAUCGACAUAUCAACCAUAUUUGUAUUCAGAACUUCUUUCAGUAUCCACAUUCUCUGUAAAAACACAUAAGCAGAGCCUCCAUAAAAUGUAUGUGACAAAAAAUGAACAAAGAAAUGGUGAAACAAAAUAGAUAGAGGGAAGGUCUUUUUAACCUGGCUAGAACAUAUAGCCGAGACAAUUACAUCUACAGCACUCUAACACUAGAAAAUCAUGUAUUGUAGUUGCCGCAGUUAAAAGCAUUCUACAACAACUGGGAGAAUGUUUAAAGCAAAAAACACUUGGGGAUGUAUGAAACUGCACUGACAUAUUAAAAGGCAAUACAUACCA